UUCAGGAAGAAAGUUGUAUGUGCUACGUGUCCAUGAGCUUUUCUCUGGUUCACUCACUGCUAUAUAACUCGACCUCCGAUCUUCACAGGUUUCACACUACACUGAAAUCAAGCAGUGGCAUCAUGUCUGGGACCAGAACGCAGAAAACGGCUCUCCAAAGGGCAACCAAUGUUGUCUACCAGGCACACCAUGUGAGCAGGAGCAAACGAGGCCAAAUCGUGGGAACAAGAGGUGGCUUUCGAGGUUGCACUGUGUGGCUGACAGGGCUGUCUGGUGCAGGGAAGACUACUCUUGGAUUUGCUCUGGAGGAGUACCUAGUUUCCCAUGGCAUUCCAUGCUAUUCUCUUGAUGGUGACAAUAUUCGUCAUGGCCUGAACAAGAAUCUGGGUUUCUCCACAGCUGAUAGAGAAGAGAACAUCCGCCGUAUUGCAGAGGUUGCCAAGCUGUUUGCUGAUGGUGGCUUGGUUUGCAUCACUAGCUUCAUCUCUCCUUUUGCAAAGGAUCGAAAUGAAGCAAGGAAGGUCCACGAGGCUUUGAACCUGAAGUUCUUUGAGGUGUUCGUGGAUGCGCCACUGGAGGUGUGUGAGAGCAGGGAUGUCAAAGGGCUUUAUAAAAAGGCCCGUGCUGGAGAGAUUAAAGGCUUCACAGGGAUUGACUCUGAGUACGAGAAGCCAGAUUCCCCAGAGCUUGUACUGAAGACAGGAGAGCUCACGGUGAAUGACUGCAUUCAGCAAGUGGUGGAUCUCCUUAAAGAACAGGGAAUUGUGCCCAGUGGUCUGACAGAGGAGGUCAAUGAGCUGUUUGUCCCUGAAAACAAGAUGGAUUUGGCACUGAGUGAUGCCAACAUACUUCCUACUGUAAACAUCACCAAGUUGGAUCUUCAAUGGGUUCAAGUAUUGGCUGAAGGGUGGGCUACUCCGCUGAAAGGCUUUAUGAGGGAAAGAGAGUAUCUGCAGGUCCUUCACUUUGGCAGUCUACUUGAUGGUGGCAACAUCAACCUUUCUGUACCAAUUGUCCUACCAGUGUCCAAGGAAGACAAAGACAGGUUGAAUGGUUGUGCUGCUUUUGCCAUGGAGUAUAAGGGUCGCAGAGUGGCCAUAUUGAGGAACCCCGAGUUUUAUGAGCACCGUAAGGAGGAACGCUGUGCCAGACAGUGGGGCACCACAUGUAUCCAGCACCCUUACAUCAAGAUGAUUAUGGAAGGUGGUGAUUGGUUGGCCGGUGGAGACUUGGAGGUGUUGGAGAAAAUCAAAUGGAAUGAUGGUCUAGAUCAAUACCGUCUCACCCCAAAGGAGCUCAAACGAAAGUUUAAGGAAAUGGGAGCAGAUGCAGUCUUUGCCUUCCAGCUGCGCAACCCAGUGCACAACGGCCAUGCGCUCCUGAUGCAGCACACCAGGAAGAAGCUGCUGGAGCGUGGCUACAAGAAGCCCGUGCUGCUGUUGCACCCGCUGGGUGGCUGGACCAAAGAUGAUGAUGUGCCGCUGGACUGGCGCAUGAAGCAGCAUGCUGCUGUUCUUGAGGAUGGUGUGCUAGAUCCUGCAAACACUGUCAUAGCCAUCUUUCCCUCGCCCAUGAUGUAUGCUGGUCCCACAGAGGUACAAUGGCACUGCAGGGCCAGAAUGGUUGCUGGUUCCAACUUUUACAUUGUGGGCCGUGACCCAGCAGGCAUGCCCCAUCCAGAGACUAAACAGGACCUAUAUGAGCCCACACAUGGUGGCAAAGUGCUGACCAUGGCACCGGGCCUCACUUCUGUUGAAAUCAUUCCAUUCAGAGUUGCUGCUUACAAUAAAGUGAAGAAAGCAAUGGACUUCUAUGACAAAGACAGGCACAGUGAAUUUGAGUUCAUCUCUGGAACCAAAAUGAGGAAACUGGCUCGCAGUGGGGAGAAUCCUCCAGAUGGUUUCAUGGCACCCAAGGCAUGGAAGGUCCUCACUGAGUAUUAUGGCUCCCUCCAAAAAGAUUAACGUGUAAGGCAGUGAAACGCCAGCUCACAAAAGGCAACAGAUAAACGCUAUCUAUUCUAUUCUGUUUUAUACAUAAAUUAUAGGGUUUUAGUCCAAUAUAUUUAUAAAUGCAAGUCCUCUUAACUCAAAUGAUUUUGUAUUUCUUCUGUACAAUAUUUAAAACAGAUUAUUUUUAAAUAAAUGUUUCUGUAGAGCUUGUAUAAAGCAAAUUGUGUAGGGUUUGUGUCUCAACAUUUCAGGGGAAGUUUUUCAACACAGUCAUUUGUCAUGUAAGCUACAAGCUUUUUAAAUUUUCCUGUCAUGUAAUCAUCUACAUUUUA